CCAAAUUGUAUUCAUCUCUUAAAUACAGAAACUCAAGGGAAGCGUUUUCAUGCGAUGAAAACUGAAUGGGGAUCUGAUGAGUUCAUCCCACUCAGUGUGUUCAAGAACCAGUCUUACGGAUAUCUUGUUAAUGAUACAUGUGUGUUCGGGGCAGAGGUAUUUAUUAUUGGAGAGAGUAGAAGCGGACAAAAUGAAUGUUUAUGUCUUUCAAGGGGAGCUGGAUAUUAUUACAAACGGAUCGUCAGAUUGUUUAGUAAAGGACACCAUGAAGAGCCUAUAAUGAAAUCAGCCUAUGGUGUACCUAUGGGAAAGUCCGCUACAUAUGAUACUACCUUUCCUUCUUUAAAAAUAGGAGUUCCAAUGAAAUCAAUGAGAGAUGAUAUGCCAACGCACUACACAUUUAAAAUUAAAUCAUUUUCACAACUUUGCACGCUUCCUAAAAUUAGAAGUGACUCCAAGGUUUUCUAUGCUGGUGGCUAUAAAUGGAAGAUGUCUCUCUCUCUGAACAAAAACAAGCAGCAGAAAGUACAUUAUCUGUCUCUUUACUUGGGCAUCGAAGAAACUAGGUCCAUCCAGCCUGGUUGGGAGAUUGAAACAGUUUUUCGUUUAUUUGUAUUUGACCAUAUUCGAGGCCGGUAUGUGAUGCUUCAAGAAACCAAUGCAAAGUUUGACGAACCGAAUACCAAAUGGCGAGUUGGUGAGUUCAUGUCACUGGAAAGCUUUAGUAAUCCCUCUUGCGGAUUUCUAGUUAAAGAUUCCUGCGUCUUUGGAGCUACCGUUUUCGUUUGUCGGGAGAGAUGUUCGGGCAAAGGUGAAUGCUUGCAGAUGAUAACAGAAGGGGUUACUACUGAAUAUAGGUGGAAGAUAGAAAACAUUUCGCAGAUAAAAGAAAGCUGUAAAAGUGAACCAUUUGGUUCUGGAUAUCACAAAUGGACUCUCCAUUUCUAUCCUGGAGGAUGUGAAGUAGGUCUGGGAAACUAUAUUUCUCUUUUUGUGCGCCCGGGUAAUUCAAGCCUUCUUAUCCAAGGACCAUAUGUUCGUUAUUCCUUGACAGUGGUUGACCAGUCAAAUGGCAAUGGCAAUGGCAUUAGCGAAUGUGUUACUUAUCACUUUCCAGUCAAAGGAAAGGGUUGGGGUUAUCCGAAGUUCAUGCCACUUUGUGUGUUUUCUGAUCCAUCCAAAGGAUUCCUUGUGGAAGAUACUUGCAUCAUUUCAGCAAAUUUCACAAUCAUUGGAUCAAUUGAAAUUUUUCGCGAAUUUUAGUACAGGAUCAGGUAACCAAGAGGAUUCUUCUUUCCAGACCGAGUAGUGGGGGCCUUUAUACUCUGUCUUCCCAGUCUUCUCUCAUCGCUCAUGUUGCUGCUUGCACUUCCAUUAAUGGUUGGCACCAACGACUUGGUCACCCUCAUUUUGAUCUUCUUAGAUUUAUGAUUGGCACUAAUGCCUUGCCGUGUCUCUCCACCAAGCUUACUUCUUUGUGUCCCGCUUGCCAAUUAGGCAAAUCCAGAAGAUUGUCUUUAAAGCAAACUUUUUCUCGCAGAUUAUUUCCAUUAAACCUGGUUCACAGUGAUGUAUGGGGGCCUUCUUCCACUUUGUCGGUUGAUGGUCACUGGCAUUUUGUUAUUUUUAUUGAUGAUAACGCUAGAUUCAUUUGGUUCUAUCCUCUUAAAUUAAAAUCUGAUGUUUUUUCGUUC